AUGGAUGACGAUGAGAAGAAGGACAUGUGUCCGAUCUGUAAGACAGAUCGAUAUCUGUCACCAGACAUGAAAUUUCUGGUGAAUCCGGAGUGUUAUCACAAGAUAUGUGAAUCGUGCGUUGAUCGUAUUUUCAGUCUGGGGCCCGCGCAAUGUCCUUAUGAGGGUUGCGAUAAGAUUCUCCGGAAGAAUAAAUUCAAGACUCAGGUAUUCGAUGACGUUGGCGUAGAGAAGGAAGUCGAUAUUAGGAAAAGAGUCUCUAAUGUGUUUAACAAGACAAUGGACGAUUUCGACGGGGAUUUGGCUGCUUACAACAAGUACUUGGAGGAGGUUGAGGAUAUAAUAUACAAUCUGAAUAACGGGGUAGACGUUGCUAAAACGGAGGAGAAACUGCGCACAUACGAAGACUUGAACAAGCAAUUAAUAAUGUCGAACAUGAAGCGAAAUAGACAGGAUUUGGAGAACUUUGAACAGCAGCAGAAGUUUGAGAAGGAGAUGCGGUUAAAAAAGCGGCAAUUAGAGCGACAAAUUGAAGAAGAAGAAGUGGCAAACCGCGAAUGGGCGCGGCGCGAGAUAGUCAACCAGCUUUCAAAGGCUGAAGAUGCCGAAGAUGUUGUUGCGAGUGUGAAAAAAACCGUCAAAUUGAAGAAAUCGUCUGCAAGGCGAAAGUUGGAGGAUCUCAACAAGGUGUUGAAGAAUAAUCCGUUCAUGAUGGUCUCGAACGGGAUGUUGAAGAAAAAGGAGUCCGUUCCUUUCACACCUUUCAACGGUGACAGAGACUUACAAAAACGCUACGUACUCUCGGAAACUGCAUAUCAUGAUCCUUUCAUUAACGAUUUGCAAAACAAGCGUGAAUUCAUUGCCUCUGGUUUUCGCGCGGACUUCGUCUAUGAUCGAAUGCUUACAGAAGCAUUUAUGGGGCUGGGCUGCAUGGUCAUCGACGAGUUACAGACCGCGCAGCUGAAUGGCAUUCACUAA